UAUAGUGGAAACCCGCGAGCUCUUCAAGAUGUUGUCGCCUGACGAGGUGAGGCCUGACGACGAAAGCAGUUCACGUGUGACUGGGAGUUUACAGAUUGAUAGCCAAGGGGCAGCUGCAGAGAAGUUGUUUGAUAUGGAAUCUCAGAAGUCGUCGGUUGCAGUUGCAGCAGCACAACCUAAGCCAUUGAACCCACGUGCAAUCAUUAUAAACCCAGCACAGAAAAAGAACCCAAUUAUUCGACACAUACGCAAUGUCCCUUACGAAUUCAGCAACAUCCCUGCAGACUACGUUAUGGGUCUGACUACUUGUGCACUUUUUCUAAGUCUGAAAUACCACAAUCUUCAUCCAGAGUACAUACACGAGAGACUGAAACAGUUGGGUAACAACUACGAGCUUCGAGUGUUACUCGUAGUGGUGGAUAUUGAUGAUGUACAUAAGAGUAUACAGGAGCUGAACAAGAUUGCUGUCCUGACUAAUUGUACUCUCAUGUUAGCAUGGAGUUUUGAAGAAGCGGCUCGAUAUCUCGAAACGUAUAAAUCGUUUGAGGCUAAGCCGCCAGACAUGUUGAUGGAACGGGUGGAGAAGGAUUACCAUUCUAGAUUGGUAGAUGCUCUGACGACAGUUAAGGCAGUCAACAAGACUGAUGUGGUGACACUCUCAGAGACUUUCGGUCGACUUACUGAUAUUGUCAAUGCUUCUGUUGAUGAGUUGGCGGUAUGUCCAGGUGUCGGUCAGAAGAAGGCACAAAGGCUUCAUGCAUUGUUUCAUGAACCGUUUGUAUCAAGAGAAACACGUCGGUCACAAGCGACUUCAUUACAAGCAGCAGAUCAGAGUGAACGCAGUGAGGGGCAGGAGGAGUUAAGUUAAUGGUGAAACAGACGAAUGUAAAGGGUGACAAAGAAAAAUAGUACAGUAUUGUGUUGUACAGAGGAGUCGAUAUUAUUGAGUUGUAUAGUCACUUGG